AUGACAGUUAUAUUAAGUAUAAGUACCUGUCUAUCUAUCUACCUAUCUAUCUCAUUCAGUGCAUGUUUAUCUAUCUACAUAGUCUGUUCAAAUCUAUCUAUCUAUCUAUCUAUCUAUCUAUCUAUCUAUCUAUCUAAUUAUAUUCAUUCCCUAUCUAUCCAUAUAUUUCAGUCCAUCAAUAUCUAUCUAUCUAUCUAUCUAUCUAUCUAUCUAUCUAUCUAUCUAUCUAAUGCUGUUCCUUAUCUAUUUAUUUAUCUCAGUCUUUUUCAUAUCUAUCUAUCUAUCUGUUCAUUAUCUACCUAUCAAUCUACCUAUAUCACUCUAUUCAUAUCUAUCUAUCUAUCUAUCUAUCUAUCUAUCUAUCUAUCUCAGAAUGGUCAUUAUCUAUCUAUCUAUCUAUCUAUCUAUCUAUCUAUCUAUCUAUCUCAGUCUUUGAUUCAUAUCUAUCUAUCCAUCUCUCUCUAUUCUCUAUCUAUCUUGGGUACUUCAUGUUUUUCUCAAUCUAUUCAACUCUCUGGAUGUUCAUUAUCUAUCCAUCUGUCUCAGUCUGAUCUAUCUAUCUAUCUAUCUAUCUAUCUAUCUAUCUAUCUAUCUAUCUAUCUCAGCCUGUUCAUAUCUAUCUAUCUAUCUAUCUAUCUAUCUAUACACUUCAUAUUUCCCUCUGUCUAUUCAUAUCUAUCUAUGUUCGUUAUCUAUCAAUCUAUCUAUCUGUUUCAUAUCUGUCUAAGUAUAUUCAUAUCUAUCUAUUUAUCAAUCUAUCUGUUUCAUAUCUGUCUGUCUAAGUAUAUUCAUAUCUAUCUAUCUAUUUCAGUUGGUUCAUAUCUAUAUAUCUAUCUAUUUAUCUAUUUCAGUUUAUUUAUGCCUAUCUAUCUCUCUAUCUGUCCAUUCAUAACUAUCUAUCUAUUUCAGUUUAUUUCUAUCUAUCUAUCUAUCUAUCUAUCUAUCUAUCUAUCUAUCUAUCAUCUUUCUAUUUCUGUCUAUAAUAUCUAUCUAUCUAUCUAUCUAUCUAUCUAUCUAUCUAUCUAUCUAUCUAUCUAUCUAUCUAUUUCAGCUUCUUCAUAUUUAUCUCACAAAUCUCUCUAUUUAUCUAUCUUUUCUCUAUAUAUAUAUAUCUUUUUUUUCUGUUCAUAUCUAUCUAUCUAUCUAUCUAUCUAUCUAUCUAUCUAUUUCAGUCUGUUUAUAUAUUUUUUAGAUUAUUUUUUUCUUUUGUAG